AUGGGCGGUAGAGCAGCCAAAGCAAAAUGCGCGGAAGUCCAGUCUGGGCCUGCAGGCCGUCUUGGUAAUGGUACACCGCAAAUCCUGCGUUUCUUACUUGACAUCGAGGCGGUGGAGGAAGUGGCACGGCAGGCUGUGAAGCAAUCUUCACCAGGAGUGCAGGCUGCGCCGCCAAUCCGCAGCGUCAGAGGUACUGACCAAAGAGAGUACACGAAAGAGCACGAGGCAGCUGCUGCCAAAAUUGGAGCGGUUGCCAGAGGCAGCGCCACUCGAUGGCAGGUCAAGCAGGACUAUCAUGAAACCGGAGGCCUUGUGCAGGGUGAUCCUGUGGAGCCCCCACUGCUUGGCUUCGCCGACUAUGCAGAGCGAAACCCUUCCAUGCCCUCCGUGCCCGACUCCAUUCGCUUCAAGGUGCGGGAUGUGACCAAACGCAAUGUCUUAAAGCAGCUUGGACACAAGGAGGACUUGAGCUGGAGCACGUUCGAGACCUUGGCAUCGAGGCUUCUUGAGGAGGUAUCUGGUACUGGUGGCGAGAGUCUGCCGCCAGGCCCAAAGAAGCAGAUGUCAAUGGCCCAUCUUUUCAACGACGAGGGGGCGCAGCGGGCGGAGACUACGGCUGAAGCAGCCGAGGGUUUCAUCGCACGUCGACAGGACCAGUACUUGCUGGGAAAGUACCAGAUGGUAGCUGUGCCGGCUAUGGCUGACUAUGACUCGGCCUUUGGAGAGGUCCCGCGCUCUCAGGACAGCCAGAACAGCCCCAACCAAGAGUUCCACCCGAUCGUGAACUUGGAUUGCGAUGGCCCUGAGGGCUUCCAGGGCUGGUUCUGGGUCCUGCAUGCUGCUGCUCCCAACAUUGGUGAAAGUGCUCAAGCGGAUGACUUUUUAGCGUAUUCGGUGGAAGAGGAGGGUGAUAUAUCGAGCCCUACGAGGACAGAAUCUGUGCGAUCCACGGCUUCAACUGCCUCGAGGUGCUGCUGGAAGGAGCGCCUUGCACGACCAACUCGCCGACUUGACGAGGAUCUGUACAUCCAAGACCUGCGGCGCCUCUGGCGGAAUGUGCUCGUAGCCAUGCGACACCUGCAGGUUGAGGACAUCAUUCUCUUUCCGUUCGGAAUGGGUGCUUUCCUGAGACACCUUCACCUGAACGAUGAUCGGUACGAGGACGCGAACAGCAUGCGAAGGUUGAAGCGCAGAAUCGCCGAUGAGCUCAUGAAGGCCAUCGUCGACAUUUGCUUGCCGCAGUCCAAACCUGUCAAUCCACAGGCGACACCGUCAACGAGAGUGCAUCUUUGCCUGGUGUGUGUGAACCCAGAGAGCAUCGAGAACCACAACUCCUUCGUCCAGGCAGCAGCAGCUCAAGCGAAGAACUGCCCUGCGUUGAAAGAUGUUCUUCGGUUGAGGAAGAAUGUUGAUUCCUUGCAGCUGGCUCAUGAGCUUUCGAAGGGUUCUGGUAAAUUGCGGCCACUCAAGGUGGCGCUUCUGAACGGGGCCAACCGGAAACUUUGUGGAAACCAUUGGUUUCAAAGCGGGGCCCGCUACGCCAUCGACGAGAAUCUGCAUCGUCGCUCCGCAUCCCUGUCCAGGGCGUCCUUGCUGGUGAACUUUGACACUGAGCCCAGGCCUCGCAGGGCGACGCAGCUGCAAGAGACGGUUAGGUUCUUUCGCGGGACCGUGGUCGACUUGGCAAAGGUGGACGCUUGCGUUUAG